AUGUCGGCAAAUUUGUUAGUUUCGGCGUCAAAAGAUGUUAAAAUAUGGGAUUUAAAGUCGAUACCUGGUGAUAAGAAUUCCAAUGAAAUUGAGACAUCAAAGACUAUUAUUCCAGAACAAUUGCUUGGUGUUGAAGUUUCUUCGUUUGCUCCUCACGAUGCUUCAACUGGAGUCAGUGUAGUUCGUUGGAACCACGACAAUCAGCUAUUGGCUGUAGUGGGAAAUGAAGGAACUCUUACAAUACAUGAUUCGCAAGGAACAUUCAUAGAAACAAUACCGUCGAAUAAUCAUGGAUCAGACGAUUACACAAAAAUUAAUUCGCUUCGCUUUUCAGAUAAAUCACAAUAUGUUUUAUUUGGAGGUUCUGAUAAGAUUGUUAAUAUCUGGGAUCGUAAAGGAUCAAGUUUUCUUGAGCCUUUGGAGGGACACAGUAGUGCUGUAACAUGUAUUGAUUUGAAUUUGGAUGAAUCCAUUGUGGCUAGUUCUGCCUUAAAUGGAAACAUCAUUAUUCAUAAUCGACAAAAAUCCAAUUCACGGAAUAAUUUAACUGUAUUGACGAAACAACCAAUAAACGUUUUGCAAUAUUCAUAUGUCAAACGAGGUCUGUUGGCUGCUGGUGGUGAAGAUGGAUCAUUACGAUUGUGGGAUACCAGUGGAUCUACGACAGCAAUCCAGACAUAUGAAAAAGCCCAUCACUCAGAGAUUAAAGGAAUAGCCUUUUCGCCUUCCAAUUCACAUUUGUUGUUAAGUGCAGGAAUGGAUAGGCGUAUCGUUAUGUAUGAUGUUGGCAAAAAAGAGGCAGACUGUGUCACUAUAGCAGUUGGUACGCUGCAAGGCAAGAUUUUGAUAUAUGACUUGCGUUCGCUCAACAAAGUCAUGUGUACAUUAAACGGAUGCGAAUCUCGGCCUAUUCAAUGUUUACAUUUUCAGGAGAAAGGUCGUGCUUCCAUGCGCCGCGCUACCUUGAGUAAGAAUAAGAAUAGUCAUGUUAGAACAUCCUCAAGAGGGACGACACUUCCCGCUUCUUCUUCUAACAGAUCAGCGAAGGGUGUGGCAGCGAAAUCUUCAUCUCCGGUCCUUAGUGAAUCAAAGGGAAAAAAUUACAUGGACAUGUUUUCGCCAGUUAAGAAAGUGGUUAAGGAUGAUAUCACUUCCGAUGACACCUUUUCUACUUCUGACGAAAAUGUUGAUACUAAAACCAUCAUUGAUGAUAAAAUCCACGUGAAUCAUAUUAGAACCGCUGACGAAAACGUUAUUACUAAAAACAUCAUUGGUGAUAAGAACCAUAGUAGAACUGCUGAGGAAAACGUUAUUACUAAAAAAAUCAUUGAUGAUAAGAUCCAUGGUAGAACUGCUGAGGAAAACGUUAUUACUAAAAACAUUACUGAUGAUAAGAUCCAUGUGAAACAUGGUGGAGCCGACGAAAACGUUAAUACUAAAAAUAUGAUUUAUGAUAAGAACCACGUGAACCAUAAUAGAGCCACUGACGAGAACGUUACCGCUAAAAACAUCAUUGAUGAUAAGACCCAUAAUGGAGCUGCUGACGAAAACGUUAACACAAUAAACACAGCAACAAAUUUUCAGCUUCAAGUUAUUGGAAGCGUUGUUGAUGAAUGUUUACAAGACUUCCGGAUAUCAUUACGAAACGAUAUACAAAAUAUGCAUUUAGAAUUGUUACGACAGUUUCACAUUCAAAAGAUGGAAUUAGAGACGAUGUUUUUAAAAAAUCGAGGAGAAACUAUGGCAUUACGUGAAGAAGUCGAACGACUUCAAAACUUGCAAACUUAUUGA